CGUGAAACGUCAGUGUCACUCUUAUUAGAAUUUCUGUCAAUAAAUCACAAGUAUCAUGUAAUAAUAAUUUUAUUUUAAUUUGUCAUUUAUUAUUUUCCCGUGUUCGAUAGUAUUUUUUUGCUGUGGACAAGUGUGGAUGUGUCCUGUUUGAAAAAAGUGUUUUUGUUGUAGUUAAGAUGCACCGAUACAGCUGCAGCCACUUAUCGACUGCCACCAACAUUCCAAUUGCCAACAUACUAAGUUCGAGAGAGAGACCCGUUUGCGCCGACUGUGGGUGUCUUGGACCAAAUUUAUGGAUCUGUUUAUUCAAGAACUGUCUCCAGAUAGGCUGUGGCGAAAAGUCCAAUGAUCACAGCACCGUACAUAAUUUAGAGAACCCCACGCAUUGCAUCCACAUGAACCUACUGACGAAACGGAUAUGGUGUUACGAGUGCAAAUCUGAGGUGUUCAUGGAGGCGUCGACGGGGGCGCCGUCGUCGUACGACAGCGACCAGGAGAUGGAGGGCUGCACUUACAAGUCGCGCGACUCCGGCCACGGCAGCUACAGCACGCUGCGCACGAACACGCCGGAGAGGAUGAACGUGUUCGCGUUCGAAAAGACGGUGGGGCUUAACGUGGGCAUGAGCGGGGACGCGUCCGAAGGUAGUGACGCCGAGGACCCUUCCGAUUAUAAUGUUGACAGGCCCGUAGGACUCGUCGGCCUCCAGAACAUCGGCAACACGUGCUACAUGAACGCGGCGCUGCAGGCGCUGAGCAACGCGGUGCCGCUGACGAGGUUCUUCCUGGAGUGCGCGACGACGGUGCAGAUUUUAUCGGAGGGGAAGAAGCCGGGACUGAGCAGGACGUACCAGACGCUGAUCAGGGAUAUGUGGAAGAAGAAUGGGGGAUACGUCACGCCGUCAGGAAUUUUAUACGGAAUCAGGAGCGUCCACCCCAUGUUCCGAGGCUAUUACCAACACGACACCCAAGAAUUCCUUCGGAACUUCAUGGAUCAGUUACACGAAGAACUCAAACAGGUGGCGCCACCCGAAUCUGCCUCCAUAACCGACUCCGACACCUUCAGCCUCGCCAUGGACGAACCCGCGCUUAGUUCCAGCUACGAUUCGAGCGAAGGGGAAUACGAAACAUGCGACUCUGGAGUGAGUGAAAGAUCUAGUCUUAGCGACGAUACCGAGAGACCUGCAAGCAGUACGAAGAGGCGACUAAGUCGAUCCUCGAGUCCUGGAAGGAGGAUACGGACGAGGUUACAGAGCAACAGUAUGGUCAUAGAUUCGCAACCCAGUACAAGUUCGUCGAGCAGUGCCAGUACAAACAAAAAACAACAAAAAUACAGAUCGAUCAUUUCGGACAUCUUCGACGGGAAACUUUUGUCAUCGGUUCAGUGUCUGACGUGCGAUCGAGUGUCUAGUCGUGUCGAAACAUUCCAAGACCUUUCGCUACCUAUACCGUCGAGGGACCACCUCGUGGUGCUCCACGGUCGCACCACGGGACCCGGCUCCACGUGUUCCGAAGCCGUCAUUCCCAUGAACGAGGGCUGGAUAUCCUGGAUUCUGGCGUGGUUGAAGUCGUGGUUCUACGGUCCCGUGGUGACGUUACACGACUGCUUGGCGGCCUUUUUCAGCACGGACGAACUGAAAGGGGACAACAUGUACAGUUGCGAAAAGUGCAAUAAACUCAGGAAUGGUAUUAAAUUUAGCAAAGUUCUGCAGCUGCCUGAAGUCCUCUGUAUUCACUUAAAACGGUUUCGCCACGAACUAAUGUUCAGCAGUAAAAUCUCCUCAGCAGUCAGUUUUCCGUUGAAGGGUCUGGACAUGCGACCGUAUCUACACACUGAGUGUGUGUCGAAAGUCACAACGUACGAAUUAUUUUCGGUUAUUUGUCACUACGGUACAGCCGGUGGAGGGCAUUACAUCUGUUAUGCGUUAAACGGUGGUCAGUGGUACGAAUUUGACGAUCAGUAUGUGACACGUGUACCUCCCGAGAAAGUCCAAUCGUGUGAAGCGUACGUUUUGUUUUACCGGAAAGUGACCAAUACGGCAGACGAAGUCAGAAGUAAGGCGAUCAAGCUGUCGAAGGCGCACUCCAGUGAAGCGUAUGAGAUUGCCUACGUGUCGAAGCAGUGGAUUAGCAGAUUUAACACCUGCGCCGAACCGGGCGCCAUCGACAACUCCGACUUCCUGUGCCAACACGGUUCUGUCCACCCCGACCGAGAACUCGUCCUCGAACACCUCGCCGUAGCCGUGCCGCUCCCCGUCUACGACUACCUCCACAAGAAAUUCGGCGGCUGUCCGCCCGUCACCAGCAUCAACAUCUGCCCCGCUUGCCUCGCCUUCAACAAGCGACUCCUCUUCGAAAUGGAAACCUUCGUCCAGCUGAACCGCGAGAGCCAGACCCAGGACCUGCCUCCCACCCACCUGAUAUCUACGUCGUGGUACAGCCAGUGGCACAAGUUCGUCCAGAAGCGGACAGCCGACCCGCCGGGCCCCAUCGACAACUCCAAGAUCAACAUGAACCAAAUCGACGUGAACGAGUGCGCCGAGGUGAGCGAAAACAUCUGGAACUUCUUCUUCAACAUCUACGGCGGCGGCCCGGAGCUGCGGCUGCGGCCGAAGAGUUUGCAGCGGACGGAGAGCGAGUCGAGCAUACCGAGCGACGGCGGCGAGGCGACGCACCAGUUCGUGAUACCCCAGUUGAAGAAGCAGGAGAAGAGCGAUGGGAUCGAUAAGAGCGUGUAUUGCUCGGGGGAACCGAUAGAGGUGGAGGAGAACGAGGAGGAGAGUGAGUGUCACGCGGCGCCCGAAGAUGGCGCUGCGAAGGAUCCGACGGGAGAUGUCUCUAGUGAAACUUUACCUAACGGUAUUUGUGCCGUAAGUCAUUCUAAAUUACCUAAUGCGGCGAAUAUUGAUAAUGAUGUUAGUGAGGAUGAAGUUUGUAAUGUAGAAAUUAAAAAUAGUAAAAGGCACAGGAGACGGAGGAAAGCCUUGAGUAGCAUUAAUUAAUUCGGACUUUUGUAUAUAAAGGUUUGUAUGUUGUUGAAGCAAUAAAUGUUGGGUAUUUUUAUUGACGUUAUUGUUGAUUGGUGGAAGGAGGGUGGGUGGCAAAUGUCGAUGGGGGUGGAGUUCGUGAUUCAGAGUUUGUUUAUUCAUGCGGUUGUAUGAUGGUGUCUACUUAAAGGGAAAAUAGGUUCUUCUGGCUCCAUUUAUAGAGGUCACUUGGAAAGUUCUAAGUAUGACAUAAUUAUAACAGUAAUUUUAUCAACUAAAGUGAAAUUUAUGGCGUCCGCGAAAAUUAUUUCAAUCUUUAACAAACUUUGAAUUGUACAAGUUUCUGACGGCCAGUGGUUGUAUUUUAGCGACUUCUGAAACAUUGCUAGUUUCGUUGCUUAGCAAAAUAUUUUUUGUUGAAACCUUUAUUUUUCUUAAUAUUGACCGUCGACUUUAAAAAAAUAUAUAUAAAAUUAGUAAGAUCUGUAUCCCUACAGAUAAUGACUAAAGCAAAAACAAGACAAACGCGUUAUUGUUAAUAAUUAAAUUGCUUUGAUCCCUUCCAUGCAUUGUCUAGUGGGAGAGUUACAUCAGGGUCGUUCCAUAUGAAAACACCAAAUUUGAAUAAAAAUUGAAGAUGGCACAACUUCAGAAUUCUAAUGGAUGUCUAUUGGAAGUGAAACAUCCAAAAAAAAAAAUAAAUAAUGACAAAUUUUUCAAGAGUGUUGAAGUAACCUUCUAAAAAGUAAAAUACAACAAAAAUUAAACUUAGUUUUAUGAAAACAAGUCCUAUUAACAAAGAAAGUGUUUCAGUAAUUACAUUAAUUUUCAUGACACUAGUUUUUCACACAAAAAUUCACACAAGUAAGUCAUGUAUGUGUAAUUUGACAAGUGAGGUCAAAUCCAAGAAUGAACUACCGCGAUAAAAUAAGUUUCCAGUUCAACGAAUUAACUGUUAAGUACACUAAAUCCUGUUUGUGUUUCUUGUAUGUUAUUUACUGAUCUUUUUACUCUCCCUUUAAGUGUUCUUCCUGAAUUCAUCUAAAUUUUUCGUGUACAUAAAAUCUCUUGACAUUUGCCACCUUUCCUUUCUCGCAGCGUGCACCAAUAAGAAUUUCGCUUCUUCUUGGUUCACGACUGUACUUAAAACUUUUCUAGUACAGGGUUAUUCUACAUUUAAUUGUCAUUCAGGUUUCCAUUUUUGCAUUUAUUUAUUAGUAUUCGUACCAUUUAAUUAAACCUCAACGAAGUAGCGGAAAUAAUUGUUCGAGAAUGUCAUUACAAUAAUUAAUGCUUUAACAAAAACUUGUGAUAAGUUUAUUUUAAUUAGUGAAAUUGUGUGGGUAUUUUAUUUUAUUACGAUUAUACAAACUAAUAUCUCUCAGCGUGUCCAUCAUGGAAAUUAAUUUAUUACAACAGUGACAAUCAGGAGUCAGCUGAUAGAUUAAUUUCAUCUUAGUUAUGCCAAACUUGCUCUAUUUUAGUGGGAGUGUGGGCUGCAGAAAUUAAUAAAAUACAUAGUUAAGUGAAUUUUUAACUUUAUUCCGAUUUUGAGCCAAACUACUCGUAAGUAUGGAAUCGUGUAAAUAUGUAAUAAGAAUGUAGGUGGGGCAACUAUUUUUUCAUGCCAAAAACUUAUUAUAUUUGUGCAAUUAAAAAAAGAUAAAAUAUAUGAAUGAAUUUUAUUCCUGUAAUUGUACAUAGUCUGAUUAUUAUUAUUUUGUUUGUAUUCGUUUCCACGUGUUACAUAACUGAGUCGUUAGGGACGUUGUAAUAACGAUUACAUUGAGCUCUUUGUAUCAUUUCGAACAUGAAGAAUAAAACAAUUAUUUCAGUUAUUAUUGUUAUAGAAUUAAAAAGAACAUUUUUAA